AUGUCUUCGCCUACUGAAGAGCAGAAACCUGAUACCAAGACCGACAACGUUGAUAACCUCGGUACCCCGACCUACACUGACGCACAAAUCGCAAAGGCAUGGGAAACUUGUGCGAAAGGCCUGAACGAAUACGAUACAAAGAGGGUGGCGACCUGGAAAGAAGAAAUUGAUACAUUACUUGUAUUUGCGGGUCUCUUUGCUUCGGUACUAACCGCCUUCAACAUCGAAUCGUACCAAUUACUACAAUCAAACCCGAGCGCCGAUGCUACUGUACUAUUACUCGCCCAGAUCUCCACGCAACUGAGUAGUUUUUCAGUCAGUGCCGGAUUCGUCAACUCCACACAGCCUCCGUUGCCACCUACUGCCGUUGCGGGCUUGGAAGCACCAUUGAUCUCGGCGUCCUCUAUCCGAAUCAAUUCGCUCUGGUUCUCCAGUUUAAUCUGUAGCCUCUCUGCAGCAUCUAUGGGCAUCCUGGUCAAACAGUGGUUGCAUCAAUAUCUCAGUGAUAUGAGCGUCUCUCGCCGUGGUGUCAUGCAGUUCCGGAGAGAGGGUCUGGCGGAGUGGCGCGUGGCCAUUAUCGUAAUGGUGCUACCCAUGUUGUUGCAGGCCGCGCUCUGGCUGUUCCUCGCUAACUUACUUGAACUCUUGUGGACAUUACAUCGCACUGUCGCAAUUGUUGCUACGGGAUUCGUAACCAUCCUCGCCGCGCUUCAACUGACAAGCACAAUCCUUCCAGCAUUUGUAUCGAAAUGCCCUUACCGGUCUCCGCAUGCUCUGGCAUUCUACGCCCUCGUCGGGCUGUUCUACCCCUUCGUCGAGCAGUUCUACCCCUUCGUCGAGCAGUUCUACCCCUUCGUCGAGCAGUUCUACGCCUUCGUCUUUCACUUCACAUCCCUGGAUUUACCGAAUAUCAUAAGGCACAUCUUCGCUCUCGUCACUCCCGUCUCCUUCCUGAUAAACCGCAUGGGGAUGGUGAUCAGACAAUUAAUCCCAAGGACGAUAGACUACAACUGGAGAUUUAGGGACAAUGCCACCAUAGCUGAAUCUGUCGCACGUAACAUGCUCGACGUAUCCAUGCUCGCCGCGGCAGACCGCGCGUUUGAGGAAGACGAGUUCAUCAAGAACGUUAUCAGGCCCUGCAUCCAGAGCAUGCCCGAUGUUCAUUAUGCCGAGCGUAUUUUUUUCGACGUUGUAAAGCAAUGCUCUCAUGGUUCCUCUGAUGGUUCCUUCACAGAUGUAGUAGAUCGCUCGGCAGACGCUCUCGCCGAUAUCGCUCUGGACAUCGCAACGGACGAAGGCCUAUCUAGGUUGUCUGUUGAACAAUCAUCGCAGUUCCUUAGUGUGUUGAACUAUGCGCUUGGCAAUACCACGCGGUCACAACAUCUUCACCACGUAGCGGUCGCAUUCCUCAAUAAUGCGGACGUGAAAAUUCGCGACCUCGCAUUCAAUAUAAUUCAUCCUAUCAGGAAUCAUGUGGUGGUAAGCGAUCGUGAUCUGCAAGCCAUUGUAUCAUAUGGAGAUGCACUGAAAGUUGAUGAUAAUUUUGGAAGAUUCAGAUUUCUGCAGGUCAUUGACCUAUUGCUUCAGUGCACCUCUUCCGAUCACGUCUCUGAAACCCAUCUCAGCACCGCACAAACUGGUCUAAUGCAGACUCUGCACAAGUUCUUCGAGAAGCCGGAAAUGUUCAUAGCUGAGCUAUGCAUGAUGCUCAAAAUUGGGUGGAAGUUCCAGAGGCUGAUCAUGCGUAACUCUGGAUUCGGGGACGGCGGAUUGAGAGAAGCGGUGACCGGGUUGUUCUCUCAGUACGAGACGGAUGACAGAUUUUCACGCCCGUCCGACAAGGACAGUUUGAAGGAACUGCUGGCUAAGCUCAGGGAGCCCGGAGAACGGAAUGACACUCUCGAUAUGCACGCGCCACCAGGUCCAGGGUUGUUGGAACCCGAUGUUGAAGGGUGUCCAUCGUCUGAAGGCGCAGCGAGUAACGGAGAAGGACCGUCAAGGAGCACCAAGGACAGCGUUGAAGGAAUGGGCUCCCCAAACUAG